UUGUCUUAUAAUGCAAUGAAUCCAACGAUGAUGAAUUCAACGUCCACGCAAUUCGUUCCAUCAAGACGGAUGGGGAUAUACGAGCCAAUCCAUCAAAUGAGUAUGUGGGGAGAUUUCAAAGGUAACAACUGUCUCGAUGCAUCUACCCCGAUGAUUCUGGAGGUCGACCCCAAACUAGACAAUCAGUCAGAGGAUACUUCACAUGGAACCGUUGGACAUUCGAAUAAAUACGACCAAGAAGCAAGUAAACCUCCCGAUAAGGUGUUGAGGCGUCUAGCACAGAACCGUGAGGCUGCUCGUAAAAGUCGUCUAAGGAAAAAGGCCUAUGUUCAGCAGUUAGAAAGCAGUAAACUAAGACUAAUUCAGUUAGAGCAAGAGCUUGGCCGAGCCCGGCAACAGGGGAUGUACACUGGAAGUGCUUUAGAUGCUAGUCCGCUAUCUUAUGCUGGCAGUAUGAAUCCAGGGAUUGCUACGUUCGAACUGGAGUAUGGACACUGGGUGGAAGAGCAGGAUAGGCAGCUAGCUGAUCUGAGGAACGCUUUGCAAUCGACAGAAACGGGAGACGUGGAGCUGCGAAUAUUCGUUGAUGGCGGACUUAGGCACUAUUGCGAUCUUUUCAAAAUGAAAGCCACAGCUGCGAAGACCGAUGUUUUCUAUCUCAUGUCUGGCAUGUGGAAAACCUCGGGCGAGCGCUUUUUCUUCUGGAUUGGCGGAUUUCGGCCUUCUGAGCUUCUAAAGGUUCUCUUACCACAUUUGGAGCCGUUGACUGAGCAACAACGUUUGGAUCUUGGAAAUCUCGCGCAAUCGUGCCAGCAAGCAGAGGACGCGUUAUCACAGGGGAUGGACCGGCUCCACCAAAUUCUCGGGGCAGCAAUAGCCAAACAGCUCGGAGAAGGGAAUUACCUCCCGCAGGUCGGUGCUGCCAUUGAGAAGUUGGAUGAUCUGGCCAGGUUCGUCGGUCAGGCAGACCAUCUGAGGCAGGAAACUCUGCAGCAGAUUUCGCGGAUCCUGACCACCCGGCAGGCAGCUCGGGGGCUUCUUGCUUUGGGCGAGUACUUUCAACGUCUCCGGGCGUUGAGCUCGCUUUGGUCUUCGCGGCCUCGUGAAUCGUCGUAGCUUGCCGGAGCUGUCAUCACCUAUGUGGUGGUGUGUAUAUUUAGCUAGCAUAAUGUUUGUGUGCACAUUUUUGAUCGAAGAUUUGUAAAUAUAAUUAGAUGAUUUAUCAGGAGGAAGCGUAGGGGUGGGUAGGUACGGUAUACCUUACCGAAACAACCAUGCCGUACCAAAAUUCGGUAUACCAUACUUUUGCGGUAUACCUGACUUUCAAUAUCAAUAAAAAUAGAAUAUUUGAGUUUUUAUAA